AUGGAUUCCGAAAGGAAUGGUAUUUGUACAGUGUCGAGGAUCUACUAUUUACUUGUCUAUGUGGGAAGUUGUUCGGCUGCUGUCGGAAAGCAGAGCAUUCAUCUACAAGAAGAGUGUAACCAUGGCACCAUUUCAAUCAAAUUUGAUCGAGCUCGUAAGGCUGGAAUCCGUGCCUGUGGGACGUAUCAUCAACGGAUUAUGCUAGAAAAGAUCGUAAAAACGAUGCGUGGAUUCGAAUUCUACGCGAUAUGGAGCAGCGUGGACACUCGUCUACUUGUGCGUAGUAAUUUCCUGAGGUGCAGUUUCAAGUGGUCCUAUGAUAUCCGGUCAAAUUCAGUGAGUCAAAUUAAAUCAACAUGGAAGAACUUCAAGGACAUGUGGAAUAAGAGAAGGCGUGCACCAUCAGGAUCAGCUGGAACACGUGAAUGGCCUUACAUGGACGCAAUGGCAUUUUUAGAGAAAUGUGACUUCCAUGGGCGCACCAGAUCCAUUAUCGACGACGGUGGUAUGUUCAGAAAUGAACUUGAUGAUUUUGAUGCGGCUUUAGAAGAGCAUUCUUCUGCGUCAUCGGCUGCUAGCCAGGAAAACUUGAACCUAGAUUCUCAGCCAUGCAGUAGCGGUAGCCCAUCUGCUCUGCCCAGAAGUCUCAGUCCCAUUGAACUCAGUCAAAAGAAAAGGAAAAAGAAUACUAAUGAAAAUCCGAUGGUGCGCUUCGCGGCGGACCGUGUUUUUCAAGCUUGCGCUCGGAUGGAACAAGCUGGGUCUAUCACCGCUCGGAUGGAUCAAGCUGUGUCUACCGACAGAUUUCAACAUUUUGGUAGC